AAACACCAGUCUCAACGUCAACAGUGAAGAGGCGACUGUGAUGCUGGCCUUCUAGGCAGAGUUGCAAAGAAAAAGCCAUAUCUCAGACUGGCCAAUAAAAAGAAAAGAUUAAGAUGGGCAAAAGAACACAGACACUGGACAAAGGAACUCUGCCUAGAAGGCCAGCAUCCCGGAGUCGCCUCUUCACUGUUGACGUUGAGACUGGUGUUUUGUGGGUACUAUUUAAUGAAGCUGCCAGUUGAGGACUUGUGAGGCAUCUGUUUCUUAAACUAGACACUCCAAUGUAUUUGUCCUCUUGCUCAGUUGUGCACCGGGGCCUCCCACUCCUCUUUCUAUUCUGGUUAGGGCCAGUUUGCACUGUUCUUUGAAGGGAGUAUUACACAGCGUGGUACGAGAUCUUCAGAUUCUUGGCAAUUUCUCGCAUUGAAUAGCAUUCAAUUCUCAGAACAAGAAUAGACUGACGAGUUUCAGAAGAAAGCACUUUGUUUCUGGCCAUUUUGAGCCUGUAAUCAAACCCACAAAUGCUGAUGCUCCAGAUACUCAACUAGUCUAAAAGCCAGUUUUAUUGCUUCUUUAAUCAGUACAAUAGUUUUCAACUGUGCUAACAUAAUUGCAAAAGGGUUUUCUAAAGAUUAAUUGGCCUUUUAAAAUUGAAUUAGCUAACACAGGAGUGAUGGAACACAGGAGUGAUGGUUGCUGAUAAUGGGCCUCUAUACGCCUAUGUAGAUAUUCCAUUAAAAAUCUGCCGUUUCCAGCUACUAGUCAUUUACAACAUUAACAAUGUCUACACUGUAUUUCUGAUCAAUUUGAUAUUUUAAAGGAGAAAAAAAUAGCUUUCAUAAACAAGGACAUUUCUAAGUGACCCCAAACCUUUGAACGGAUAUAUAGAUAUAGAUAUAUGUUAUACGCACACACAGUCUUGUAUAUCUAACCUUGUAUAACUAAUGCAUUCAAAAUCCUGUACCCUAACAUUAAUCCUUAAACCUAGCUCCUAGCUCCUAACCCUGAACUUAAUUCUAACCAUAACACCAAUUUUAACCUUAACCCUAAACCCCCUAGAAAUAGCAUUUGACCUUGGGGACUAACAAAAUGACCCCAGUUGGUCAAAUUUGUUUUACUAUUCUUGUGGGAACUUCUGGUCCCCACAAAUAUAGUGAAACACGUCCAAACACACACACACACACACACUAUUAAUGUCUUUAAUCUUAUGCUAUUUUCCAUUUCAACAGUUUAAAAGUCUGAAUGAAUAAUGUAUUACACACAAACACACACCUCAGCCAUUCAUUUCAGAGGGAUGUGUGAAGUUGUUGAUGGGAAUAGAGAGAGAGACUAGCAGGCCAGUGGCACUGAGGAAACAGAGGUCCGUCCAGCAGUCUUAACAUAGCUCGUCGGAGGGUACUAGAACUUGUCUCUCAAUGUCCGAUCCCAAAUCAACCCCUCGCCUCACCUCUUACUGUCCCCAUAGGAAACCAAACCACCCAGGAUUUCUAGCCUAGAACAGUGGUGUAACCCUGUUUCAUAAAGAGGAGUGUGUUUCCGCUGUAGAUUACACUAUGCAUUGUGCUCUGCCAAGUUAACCCUUUCACUGGCAGCAUGUAGCAUUGGAGCUUUCAUUCAUGUCAAUCAUUUCUGUUAACUUAUUUAUUAAUAACUUUAUUUAUGUUUGUGAGACGUGGUCUUUAAAAGUCAUUCAAGGAUAGAUUUACAAAGUGACUGAAGUACUGAGGAGUGAGUGUAACGUGAUGGUGAUGCAGGUUUUUAUUUUCAUGUCAAUGUUCAACAGGUUGUAAAUAGUGCACUAAAACACCACACACUUACAAAACAUUUGAAUGAUAUAUUCUAUUUAAAAUGAAAUAGAGGAUUUUAUAAAUGUCAGAAGGCACAUUAACUUGCUUUGGAGACCAUGUAAUAUGAUGACCAUGCAUCCAUCCUUUUGGAUAAAGAGGGAAUGUAUUGAAAACGUCUUUACUUUUACUAAAACGUCUUUACUUUUGGUUAUGUUGCAACAGUUCUUAUGAAGCAAAAUGCUCAUGGCACUUAAGAUAAGGAUUGUCUUCAGGAAAGAAAACAGUUGGAUGUUGUGUUUCGACUUUACUUUACAAUCCUGUAUUUACCAGGUAUUUACUUAAAUAGUAGAAUGAUCAUUAGAAUAUCCACCUAAUGACAACUUUUAUUAUUUAAAAAAAGUUCAUUUUAAGAGUUUCUAAUUCUGUUGAAUUCUUUGAGAUAAGUACCAAAGGGUAUGACUGUUACCAUAGUUUCAUAGUAAAUACCAGGUAGAUACCAGAUGAAGCAGGGCUGUAAAAUAAAGUCUGACUGAUGCCCUAUGUUUACAUGAUGGUAACUGUGUAAGUCUGAUGAUUGACAAGCCCCAUAUCCACUCAUUAAAACAUUGAUUGAACGGACAUUCAAGUUGAACCACGUGGGCUUACAGAGGCAUCGUUGAAAACUUCACUUUGUGUGAUUUAAAUGUGCAAAUGUAACAUGGUACGAUUGUAAUAAAAGCAAUCUAAUAAAUGAAGCUUUGACCUUCUGAAGAACAGUUGUCAUGUUGUUGUGUCCAAAAUGUCAGCUUUAUGACAACUGAUAAGUGGUGAGAAUGAAAAGUAUUGCUGUUCUGUCCGUUACAGGUCUGGUAAUUAACCUUCAGCACUUCACAGCCACAGAGAACCUCUGACUAUUUUAAACCUACACAACAACUUUUGCAGUAAAGACAUUGUUUUCACUUCCCUUUUCUCAAGACAUAUUUAAAUGUUGUUCUCUAGUAUUCUGCACGAGACUGUAGCGGUCUAGGUGUCGACAGAAGUACAGACUUCUCCCUCCAGAGAAGCACAGAGGUCUGGCAAAGAAGACAGUUUUUAAACACGGAACACUGAGGUCUAACACCAAGAAUGACAUUUGUGUUUUGGGUGUGGAGGCCCGGUGUGAGUGUGCUGCUGCUCUUGUGUGUGUGUGACGGAGCAGAAGGGGUGAUCAGGCGUCACUGUGACUGCUAUGAGGAGGAUAUGUAUGUACAGAAAGACAUCGGAGGGUUCAUACAGUGUUCCCUUAAGCCUGGCCUGGGACCCUAUGCUGAGUGCACAGAGAUCACUGACCUCAGGUCUGGGCUGGAGGAGGUGUUUCCUGAUGUGCGUUCUCUUUGUAUCCUUCACUCCUCCUCCUCCCUGCCUGCAGACUCCUUCUCUCACAUUCCCCUCCUGGAGCACCUCUAUUUGGAUGGCUCACACCUGGCAAAGGUGACCUCAGGGGCCUUCGCUGGUCUGCCCAAACUAAGGUUCCUCCACAUCCUCGUCUUCUCCUCCUGGGGGGGAGUGAACGUCACUCUGGAGCCAGGGGUGUUCCAGGGCCUGUCUAGCCUGGAGGAGCUCACCCUGGCUGGGAUGAGUCUGGCCCUGGCCCCCCCUACUCUGCUGGAUCCCCUGGUACGGGUGAGGAGCCUGAGGGUGGACAGGGCUGGAGCGAGAGACCUGGGGGAACUGUUCUGUCUCCUCUCCCCUGGGAUGGAGAAACUAGAGACCCUGGAGCUGCCUGGCAGCAUGGUCAGCUCCAUCCAGAACGGAGGCUGCUCUGGAUCCAAUCCGUGGCCCACAGUGCUCUUGUCCAGGAUCCGGAUCCUGGAUCUGAGUGGAAACCCGGUGCGGAGGGUAGAGCCGAAGUCUCUGUCUGUGUUCCAGAACCUGUCCAGACUGUCCCUGUCUAUGGUGGAUGUCUGGGUGGGCCAGCUGUGGGGGUCUGGCAUGGGGAGGGUUAACAAGCUCUACCUGUCCAGUUACACCUUGAGACAGUUCAGACCCAGCCUGUCUGACCUGUGUACUCUGGUAGUAAAACAUGGAGUGGAGUCCUUGAAUAUGCACCAGGCCCUGAUCACAGCUUUCACUGCAGAGGUCAUGAAGAGGUGUGGUCCUGGUCUGAGGCAGCUGUCUGUGACUUCUGAGGAUCUGUCUGGUAUGGACCCUGGGUUCUGGACUGGUACCGGUCAGAUACAGGGUCUGAUGAUGGUCCUGACCAAGCUGACCAAUGCCUCGUUCUGCUCAGCAGGGGGAGGGAGGGUGUGGAACCUCACCUCUCUCAUUCUCCAUGAGAACCACCUCACUGAGAUCACCACUGAUCAGUUCUCCUGUAUGCCCCUGCUGGAGCGUUUGGAUCUGAGUGGGAACCAUAUCUCCUCCCUGGCCCACCGGGCUCUCCAGGGGAUGCCGCUCCUCCGUGUCCUCGACCUCACCCACAACAAAAUCUCCAUGCUGGGAGAAGACGACUUUGAGGGUCUGCCUGCUCUAGAGGUUCUCCUCCUGGAAGGGAACAAGAUCUCGGGGGGCAUCGCUCAUGGGGUGUUCCGUAGACAGCAUCGACUCCAAGACCUCAGCCUGGGAGAGAUAGACAUUUUCUACCAGCUCUACCUCAACAUGCUGUUCCUGGGCUUCCCCACCAAGCUCCAGCACCUCCUCAUCAACACAGGCCCAGGAACCUACCUCACCGUAGGCCAUGUUCCCGCUCCUGAGUUCCCCAUGGUCCUGGAACUCAGAGGGGAGAUGAUCCAGUCCUCUGACUGUGAAAACAACAUGUUCCCCAUGGUCCGAGAGCUGAAGGUGGGCGAGGGGACAAAAUUUGACUGCAACAACAUUUUCCUGGCUCCCUACUUCCUCAACCUGGAGUCGUUUGAGUUCUCAGCCAACCCUGAGAGGUUUUCCACCCCAUACACCACCAUCAACCAGCUUCGAAAGUUGAAGAGGCUCAAACUGGCCAACCUCAACUUCUCCAACCACACAGACCCCAGUGUUACCUUCAGGAACCUGACGGAGCUCAGGAGCCUAGUGCUGAUCAACUGUCGACUCAACUUCCUCACUAGGUCCAUGUUUACAGACCUGGUGUCUCUACGUGUUUUGAGGCUGUACAGUGAGAGCCCUCUGAUCCUGUUGGAGGGGGUCUUCAUUCCCCUGCUGUCUCUCUCCAUGCUGGUCUUUGACCAGGUCGACUUCCGCUGUGACUGCUCCAACGGCUGGCUUCUGGACUGGGCUGACAACUCUCGCAAAACACAGGUGGUGCUCCUGCAGCGACAGCAGUGCAUCUGGCACUACCAACGACUCAACUUCCUGUCCACCAUGGAGCGCCUCUGCCAGACCGAAGACGACUUCCUGUCCUAUGUCUCCACAACAGCCGCUGUGUGCACCCUCCUGUGCUUGGCGCUAGGAUACCGCUUCCUCCGCUGGCCUUGUGUCGUUCUAUUCUUUCGUCUGAGAGGCUGGGUGGAGCGACGUGUGGGGAGGAGGUGGUGGAGGAGGAAGAGGAGGAUGGGGGGACAGUGGGAGGAGCUGAUAGAGGGGGAAGAGGGAGAGGAGAAGGAGGAAGAGGAGGUGAGGUAUGAUGCGUUUGUGUCGUUCAGCAGUGGUGACGAGGCGUGGGUACUGGGAGAGAUGGCCCCGAUGCUAGAGGAGGGGGAGCCACGACUACGACUGUGUCUGCACCACCGAGACUUUGAGGUAGGGAAGGGCAUCGUGGAUAACAUCGCUGAGAACAUCUACUGCAGCAGGAGGACGGUGUGUGUGUUGACCAGACGCUACCUGAGGAGUGACUGGUGUGGCCUGGAGAUGAGAGUGGCCACACACCGCCUGUUGUCUGAGCACAGCCACAGACUCAUCCUCAUCUUCCUAGAACACAUCUCCCCCUUCGAGCUGUCCGCCUUCCACAGACUGGCUAAGCUGGCCAGAACCCGGACCUACCUGGACUGGCCCCAGGAUGAAGACGAGAGGGUAACGUUCUGGGAGCGUUUACGACGAAACAUCGCAGAGAGAGACGCAGACGAACUGCAUGAUCCUCCGGAAGCAUCCUGAAGUCAUCUGCAUGUUCCACGUGAUGAUCUACGUUUAGAGAGAGAGAGUGUUCGCUACUGAUCUCAGAUAAGGGUGACGUCAAGGGACUCCUUUCUGGGCUUUGUUUUUGCAUAAUAUUUUGACAUUGAUUUCUUUGCCUUCCACUUAUCAGACGCUCUUAUCUAGAGCGACUUACAGGGUUCAGUGCCUUGCUCAAGGGCACGUCGGCAUAUAUUUCACUUAGUCGGCUCUGGGAUUGCCCAACGCUAGGCUACCUUUCAUUUGUCUCCUUUCAUUCACUGAUUGUUCAAUUAACUGUUCUUGGAUCUGUGCUGUGUGUAUUUGAGCACAAAGACAACAUUAAUAUGCUAAACAUUCUCCCAUGGAAACAACACAUUUCAAUUGGUUAGAUAUUGUUUCCAGUAUAUGACCAUUUGUUUUAAUACAUGUUGCACUCUGUAACUCAUUGAUGCAAUGUGAUUUUAAAGUAGCUUUAUAGUGCAACACUCCUCCCAUCUAAAGCAGAGACCCACAUAGUAUAGUUGCUGUCUCAGCUAUACUGACAAAAAUGUGUGUGCAUGCUUGCAAGAGUCCUUGUCUGUGUGUGUGUGUGUGUGUGUGUGCAUGCUUGCAAGAGUCCUUGUCUGUGUGUGUGUGCAUGCUUGCAAGAGUCCUUGUCUGUGUGUGUGUUUGAAAGUGGUGUAUGCUGUCUACCUGCCCUCUCCUCAUUAAGUCCCAGGGCCUGUUGGUUCUAACCCUCUGCAGCAGAAGGACAGUGUCUUGUCAUCACUAGAGAUCCAUUGCUACAGGCUGAGAGAUGAGGGUUAAUAAGACAUCCUGGUCUGUGUGAAAGCUGCUGACUAAUCAUGCUGAUGAUGCAUUUCUACAGUGUUGCGUGAAUAAAUGGGGACGUGUCUUUUUAAGAUUUGGAAUAGUCUAAACCUUCAGACAAAGCCCUGUGUGUGUGUGUUUCAGUGUGUGUGUUUAAUUUUUAAAUCCAAAGAUGAGUCGUGUUGGACAUGUUUUUGUAGUUAAAUCCUCAUCGCUGUGUUUGCUCAAUUAUUAAACGGACAUUCAACUGCAAUGGAAUGAAACUGUGCAUUUCCUGUGAGUGUGUGAGCAUGAAUGUAUACGUGCAUGAUGUCACAUCAAACCCCUCACUCAGUGGAGUUGGAUUCAGACUCCUCUGUCUCAUUAGUUGUGAGGUUAAUGUCAGAUAUAGCUGGACUAGGAGAUGAGAUGUCAUUCAUGCCAGAGGGUGGGAAUAAUCUGCUACCCUUUGACUCUGGUCAGAAUGAGAGACUCACGUAACUACACUCACAAUAAAACUGACUUUAUAACACUGAUGUUAAAUUUGAAUCAAGAUAGGAUCAAAUCAAUAGAAUAUUCUAAAUGCAAGCCAAAGGGCGAAACAUGCAAUACACAAUCCCUCAUUUCUGCUGAUAAUGAAGUUGAUUUGUCCUGAUCAAAGCCAAGUAAACCAGAAGAGCUGCCCUGAGAGGUUUUAGUAUAAGCAUAGUGACUUAGGUUUCCUGUCUGGCUGCCAUAUGAAUGUUGAGUGUUGCAUCAGCUGAUAUUGCAUCAAUGAGAUCAUCACUCUACGUUAAUAUGGUGGUCUAUUUAGUCCACCAGGUUCUGCACACACUUCCAUGAUAGCUGCCACAGACAAGCUAUGUGCUGGUGUUCUUGCUGUAACGUCUGUUUUCUGCUUACCCACCAGCCACCACAGCCUCCACCUGUUAGGUUCUGUGUUCCCUUCCUGCAGGGUGAUUGGUAUAGCACACCUUGCCCUCUGCCUGUAAUUAUUACUAGCUUAACAUUAUGCAUGCUCUAGCAGUGAGCUACCAUGAAGGAGCAGAGCCUAACGCCUAGACUAACGUAUUGUAAUCUUUAAUA